GAACCUUUCGCAAGAAUAAUAGUAAUCACAUCAUACUACGACAAUAGGAUAAUCUCCCUGCCAAUACAAAAAGUACUACCGCAGUAUUAUUUCGAUAGGCUCUUCCGCCCCUACCUGCCUGCUGACAUCCCUUUGCUUAGCUUAGACGGCAUAUCUCCAUUCCUCGCCGUAGUGCUUUGCAGUGUGCAUACAGAUACAGCCCAGCAAGAUUGAAUUCGGAUAGUGGGGAAGAUUCUGACAAUUUGGCCACUCGCUGGAACACGAGCAAAAACAAAAGCAACGCGGCAAUGCAACAGAAACGAAGAAAACGGAGGCGGUUCCUGGUUCCAAUGGCAGCAGCAAAUGCCACAUUGGUUUUCCACAGCAACGCCGAAGAGGGCGAGUGCAACAACGAUAGCAAACGACUUGUCACCGAAAACAACAUUCUCGUAAACACCGGCGCGAACCACACAAUACGAAUGACCACUACCACGAGAAGGAUACGAACCAGAGCGCGGAAACAACACAUCUUGCUUUCCCCGAGCCUUUUUUUAGUGUUGGUCACUAUUGCUUUGUUUCAAACCGUUGACCCCCUGCUGGUCCGUGCAUUUUGCCCUUCUCCUGGAAUUGAAUCCAUUUCCUAUUCUAGAUGGAAGCAAAGCAUCGGGCGCCCGAGGUUUCUUUCCACAUCCUUCCUGAAGUUGUCAACGGUGACCCCACCAAAAACAGUCUUACCCAGUCGGGCCGAGCUCGAAUCAAUGAAGGUAGUUGAUCUGAAAGAAUUGAUCAAGGAUUCUGGUUUGAACGAACGAGGAUUGUUUUCGAGGCUCAAGCGCAAGCAGGAUCUGGUGGAUUUUUUGGUUCAGGCGGGAAGCAGGGAACAACAAACCACAACAGCGGCGGCGAAAGAGAAAUCACAAAUCAUCAGCGACCAACCCAAAGAGCAGCAAACACAGCCCAAGACGCGACGCAAACCUCUGGGAAUGCCCUCCAAAAAAAGCGGGGCGCGACAAGAUGCGGCAACAACAACAACAACAGCAAACAAACAACAAGAUACUGGUACUGCAAGCCACAACGCUGUUGCCGACGAAGAAUCACUGCCAUUGCCAAAAUCGCCGCUGCAAGUGAUCUACGAUCGGGUACACGAACAAUACCCUCCCCUGAAGUACCUUUCGGAAGGAAACAACACCCUCCUUGGCGAACAGGACAUCCGACAAAAGUACCACCCCAUGCUGCAACAUGCAGCGAAAGCCAUCACUUCGAAACGCGACAAGAACAACAAGGACCAAAACGACGACCAAGACGGCAAGAGUGACGAUGGGGAAUCCGAAACCGACGAUGACACCUACACAAAGCCGGCCCUCUCUGGAGACAUGGACCUCAUUUUUGUUGGGACGGCGUCGUGCACCCCGAGCAUUACACGAGGGGUCUCCUGCACGGCCCUUCGACUGCAUUCCCUCGCCAAGCAACAGACGCAAUCGGCCAACGUCAGGGUCGAUGCGAGAAAGCCAAGCAAAGGCAACACCAAACAGAGUGGCAAAAACUUUGAUGUCGCCCAAAACUCCCAGUCGAACCUCGGAACCUGGCUCUUUGAUUGCGGAGAAAGCACGCAGGUAAGGAAAGGAAAGGAAUUGCGACGAAGCGAAAAAGUAUCGACGCACACGUCGCUACUGGACACGAAAAGCGUGAUUCGACAUCGUCUCGAAUCGAUGCUAUGGUUUUUCCCCCUCACUAUUUGCCUUGCCAUAUUCGCGCAACCAACAAUUGUAUUGUGUGGUAUUGUAUUGUGCUAUGUUGUAAUGUAAUGCGUUGUGCUGUGCUUUGCUGUGUUAUAACAAACGACACAGCUCCAGAUCCAAAAGACUUCGUCGGUCCGCCCAAGCAAGAUCACAAAGAUCUUUCUGUCUCAUGCUCACGGGGACCACUCCUUUGGAUUGCCGGGCCUUCUGUGCCUCAUGGGCCAGGACUCCGAGGGGAAGGGCACGAAGGCACCGGUCGAUAUCUACGGUCCGGAGGGGCUACGCCUGUGGUUGCGAUCUGCUCUCCGAUAUAGCGUCUCGAGGAUCUGCCCCAAAUACAGGGUCCAUGAGCUCAAAGACGUGUCGAUGGCUCCCGAAUGGGGAUACAGCCGAAAAUGGGAACGGUACUUUUUCAACAAGAGCGUUUGGUACGAGCGACAAAAGGGAAACCAAAACACGGGAAGCAGUGACUAUUACUGGGGAGCCGCAAACCAUCGACGGAGCGAAUACCCUCCCUCCUCGGAUUGGUUGACCCACUGUGAAACCGGAGGGACGAUAAAGCCCUCCGAGCUGUACGGAGAAGUGGAAGGUGGACGCGACAUUUAUCCGAUCUACGACCACCCUUUGUCGAGUGAUGGGGCGCCCGUAUGGGAAGUCGAAUCCGGUGGUGGUGACGGUGUCAGAGUUUAUGCGGCCCCCAUGUCCCACGGCAUUCCUUGCGUCGGCUACGUGGUCCAGGAACCCAACCGUCCGGGGCGUCUCAGAGACGAGCUMGUCAAGCCCAUUUGCCAGCGCAACAUCCCGGCCCUCAAGGAAGCCGGGUUCCGCCACCCGAUGAAGGCCAUGGCGGUGAUCAAGGAUCUUCCCAAGGGCGGGUCCUUCACCUUUCCCGACGGCACCGUCGUCACGCAGGAAGAUGCCGUCGAGCCGGCCAGGCCGGGACGGAAGGUCGUCGUACUCGGAGACACCAACAGCGCCCGGAGCAUGGAACGACUGGCCCAAAACGCCGACGUGGUGGUCCACGAGGCCACAAACACGUUUCUACCGGCCCUCGAGCACAAGGACGCGACCUUCUCCUCCGUGACCAAGGACACCAUCUUUCACGGCCAUUCCACCCCCAACAUGGCCGGUGAUUUCUGCAAGCGCGUCGGGGCCAAGCGGUUGAUUCUCAACCACUUUUCUGCUCGGUACACGGGGGACCAAUCGAUGGAUUCCAUAUCGAUCAUGACGCGAAUCGAAGAGCAGGCGAUAAAGGCCUCCGGAUUGACCCGCAACGACGUGGCAGCUGCCUGGGAUUUCAUGAUCUACCCGGUCCCAAAAGCCGAAGGGGUUGCAGAAGAAGCCUAAAUCACCGAUUAAAGCGGAUGGAACAGGAACCAUAAGAAACCGAUUGGAAUCCUGCAGUCAAAACCCCUGAAAGGAUAGCACCGAGCUACACUCCAUCGUGACUCCUCGAACAUUCUGGUGCUUUUUUGUCACUAUUGAUUGAUCCGAGCCGACACACGCAAUUCCAAUUCCUUUCUUAGUAGUCAGAACCACCGAGAUAAAUGUUGAAAUGCUUCUGGUUUUCGAUACGAAUGAAACCAUCCAACUGGAAUUGAACAAAAUAUCCGUUGCUCUAUAAGAUUUGAUUUAUUCUUUCAAAAGGGUGCCCGUAAGCUUCAAAGAUUCGUUACAGUAGCGAGUAUCCUGUUCCGGCAGUUCGUACGUUACUGGCACUGUAACCAAGUUGUUUCGUUUACCAAUAGGAGUACAGCACAGCCAACAGGAACUCUCAAUUCUCUUUCACCAACUCGAGGCAAGACUGGAAGCAUGAACAGAAUCGCUGUUCUCCGUUGUGCUUGGUGGUUGCACGCUGGUCUAGUAGUACGGUACGACAGAUACCGUACAUCAGAAGCGUAAGAGAUUUCGAUACCAUCUGUGUUGAGGCAACGGACAGAACCAGGAGCGAGGGCAUAUUCAUGAGUCGCAACAGAUAAUCAGCGAACCAUAUUGUUUCUACGGACACAAGGCAGUGGUGGCUGGGGUGGCGCCAUAAGCGCAAAUCACUUAGGACUGGUGGCGAUAAGAUGAAUAUUCAUAUAUGUAUUGUGUAUGAAUGAGCGAUGAGAACCAGUAAUGUUGGUGGCCCGGGACCACAGGAGAUUUUUAGCAUAACUGGGGCAUGACAGUCUCAUUCUUUUUAGUUUUAUCUAGUUAACAGCGUUUUAACGUUUU